AUGUCGCGACUUCUUGACGAGGUGCCGGUUGGUGCGACGGAAUUGGCGGCGGCCGAAGAGCUCGGCGUCUGGGUAGAGCCUUCGCCGCCCGCCGUGCGCGGCUGUCGAGCUCUCCUACAAGAUGGAAACUGCAUCCUGCUCGCCUACAGCAUCCUGACGCAAGACUUCUGCGGCUGCAUCGACUACUGCGCGCGAUUUCCCGUUCCUCGGGGUGCGGAGCGUCGCUACGCUGACGUCGCCGACCACUUCGGCUUCUCUCUGACCGUCGCGCGCCUGCAGGCUUCGCGGCCGGGGGCCUCUUCGGCGAUCGCGUGGAGAGGUUUCAGCCGACAUGUUCUGCCAACGGCGCAGCGGGCCCGCCGCGUCGGGGAAGUCGAGGGCGCGCUGUUGCACAUCACUAACAGCAGUGAAUGCGCAUUCGACGUCGAUUUGACAACUGGGCGGGGAUCGCGGGAGACCGCGGCCGACGGGUGCUUCGUGAGCGCCGACGACGAUCCGCUGGGAGGAAUGGUGCAUGGGGAAGACGCAUCCAAUGCGUGUCUCAGCUUGGCUCUGAAUGCGUUGGGCGCACGCGUGCCGACCAGCGUGCAAGGCCCAUUCCGCGCGCUCGAGCACGGGAACCAAUGGCUGUCACACCUCGGCCUCGCCCUGAUCCAGCAGCCGCGGGGCCCGACCGGCCCUGGGCGUUACGUCAAGCGGGAGCCUCCGCGGCGCAAAUCUGAACUGGCCGCGAGCGUCGGCCACUUCACGGCCGUUAUCCUGCGGCCAGGCAGCGCCACUGUGAUUGACCGCCGAGCAUGCCUGCCAGCGGUUCGCGAGUGGCGCGCGUGGGGCGACAUUCCGGACGUCGAGGAGCACAAGUGGUUCGUGUUGGUGGAGCUCGGCGCACAGAGGCCGGGGCCCGAGGGCGGCCGCCCUCUUCCAUGGGGCACGACUUCGGGGAUCAUCGAAGCUAACCGGCUGGACGCACUCAUCCGUCGGCGCGCAGCUCGCGAACGAGCGGGCCCCUAUGGGUCGGCGUCGUCGUCGGGCUUGCUCGCGCCGCAGGAGGCAGCCCGGGCAUCGGCGAACCGAGAGGAGGCAAUGCGGCGCAGAUCUUUGCGCUUGUUCUGCCCGUUGCCGCCGGUGGGGUGGCCCGGCACUCAGGUGCCCCAAGUUCCGUGUGAUUUCUCCCUCGAGCUGCCGCGUCUUCCGAAGAUCCGCCUUCUCGAGCGACUCAACGCGCACCCUCGGGACGCCCAGCUGCACUUCGUCGAGGAGUCGCACUCCUACUACAUUCGCGGCGUGCGAACCCAUGGGUCAGUGACGGGGUUGAUACACGAGUAUUCUCGAGGUUUCGACGCUGUCGCAGUGAUCGAGAAGAUGCGGAGCGGGCGGAACUGGCCUCGACCUGAUUAUUUGCGCCACCCUCGCCCCGAAUACGUGGUCGCAAAGCUGCGGACCAUGCCGGAGGCUGCUUGCUUGCACGACUUACUUGUUUCGCACGGGGCCUGCGACGCCGAGAUCUGCGCCGAGGUGAAGGCUACUGCGAGAGCGGCACCCCGCCUGGCAUGCCUGAUGGAGAGUUUAUCUCUCUCGGAUCAGGAGAUCGUGGAGAAAUGGCGCCUAAACAAAGAAGAGGCGGCUAGGCGGGGCACCUGGAUGCACUGGACGUUCGAGGCCCACCUCAAUCGCGUCCUGGUGCCCCGCGAUGCCGUAGAAUUCCAGUUGUUCUCGAAAUUCUUGGGCGCGCUGAAAGGUCUGGCGGCUUUCCGCACCGAGUGGGCCAUCUUCGCGGAGCACGAGGGGCUUGCUGGGUCAAUCGACUUCGUGGCUCGAGACUCCGCGGGCAGUCUGUACAUAUACGGUUGGAAGCGGGCGAAGAAUUUACGUUCGAAGUUCACGAACCAAUGGGAGAACAUGAAGUUUCCAUUGGGCCGAUUGCCAGACUGCCAGGGAAAUCAUUACCGGGUGCAGCUUAACAUAUACAGGUGGAUGUUGGAGCAGUACUACGGCGCCCGCGCGGCCGCGAUGUAUGUGGUCUGCCUGCAUCCGGACAACGGUGACCAGCCAUUUGUAGACGACGUGCCGGUGAUCCCAGAGAUCGAGGAGCUCAUGGCCAUUCAGCGCACGAGGUCCCGAGAGUUGCGGGCAAUGGCGUCGGAAGACGCCCGCGAGAUAGACCCUGCGGGCGGCUGGCGACGGCCAGUCGUGGCGGCGCGCAUGCCUUAUUGCCUGAGCACCGCGGCCAAUUUCGGUCGUGCGUUUCGCCGGACAUCAGUGGAGGUGCCGUUGGAAUUGCCGAAUGCCCACUUGCAGCGGCUGAGAAUUGCGCGCGUGGGUUCUGCGGGGGCCACGGUGACAGCCGCGUGCUCUCAUGCCCCGCGGAAGUAG